AUGGCCACCCGCAUCACUGGCGGGGAGGGACCCCAGCAGCAGCAGCAGCAACGACGUCAGCAACAACAAUCACAACACCACCCACAGCAGCAGCAAGGAGCCCUCAAGUCAGCCUGGCCGCCGUUGAUCGAGACUACAAGGGAGAUUGACGAGAACAUCGGACGAACGCCCACAUCCACCAUGAACAAAGACUCGCACUUCACCUCCCUCCACCUGCACCGCGCGCGCGACGCCGACCUCUUCGAGUCCUUCGCCAAGGACCGCCUGCCCGCCGACGACAUCUACGUGCCCGCGCACCACCAGCCCGUCAACCCGGAGGACGAGGACGACGUCGUGCCCGACCAGCACGCCGCCUUCGGCAUCCAGAAGGCCACCCUGCUGCGCCGCGAGCCCGCCUGGCGCGACUUCGGCCUCGCCGAGCUCAUGGCCAAGGGGCCCGACGCCGCCGCGUGGAGGGGCGCCGCCGGCGGGAGGGGCAAGGGCGCCGGCGCUGGGGCUGGGCCUGGGGCUGGCGGUGCUGGGAAGAAGGCCGCUGGGGGUGGGAGUCGGCUGCCUAGGUAG